AUGCAAGUCAAUCCUACAUCAAAACUCCCAUCCAAAAUAGUAGUGGACUCCGCUGAAAUUCCACGGACGAGAAAACACCGAAAGAAAAAUUGGCAAUGCACAUUUGAAGGAUGUUCCGACCCAUUAAAAACACGAUAUAAUUUGUAUAGUCAUAUUUGGGAUACUCAUUUGAGAAAAGUUUUGACCGAAACUCAACCAGGUGUAUACGAGGACGUCCCUUACAAAAACGUGACGAAAAAAGACGUGGUGAAAAAAUUGUGUGAAAAGUACAUGACACAACUCGUGUCCGAUAAAAAGAAGGCACAACAAGACGACGCAGAUGACGGCGAAGAUGAUGAGGAACAAAACGAAAUCAAUAACGCGACGGUGAAUAACUCGAAUAAUAGCUCAAACUCAGUACCACCACACCCCCAAGUUACGAUGACAAACUUGCUUAGCCCAAUGGGAACUACAAUGCAAACAAUUCCUCAGAUGCAACAAAUGCUCCCACAGAUGGCGCAGGAACAAUACACACAAUACUCUGCUUACCAACAACAACCAAUGGAACAGUACAACCAAUUUGACAGUAUGCAAAUGGGGCAGUUUCAGUAUCAAAUGACCCCAACAAAUACCACUGGUGUGCAAAACACAGUUCCAAUCCAACAACAAAUGCAACAAAAUUUGCUUCAAAACAGUAUUCCUAUGUUGCAACAAAAUGUGGUUCAAAGUGGGAUGCAAAUGCCUCAGAGUGUUAUCCAAAAUGUCAUUCCCAUGCAACAGCCAUUACAACAGAAUCCACUUCAGGGUGUGUUGCCUAUACAACAGCCUAUGAUGAUCGAACAGAACUACCAGAAUUCACAAGACCAAACAAACUCAACGGCAGAACAAACAAACUCCAUGGAGGUUCAACCCCUUUCAAUACCAAUCCAAAUUGGACAAGGCAACGACUGGGAUAUUCUUGUGAACUCUAUGGAGGUCCAGGCAAGCAACGCACAACAGAUAUUAAAUAAUGAAUUGCAGAAGGGCGAUUUCAUGCGAAUUUACAACAUAUCCAACACAUUACACCGCCUCCACAUUUAUGGAGAAGUCCUUGCUGAGAACGGGUAUUUUGUAAGAUCCGACGAAAGAACAAAGUGCCAUAUCAGACCACUUUCUGACUGUCUUGAGAGUAUUUCGCAGUUGGUUGGGAAGCAGUACAAGUACAAAAAUUCGCCACAAAUGCGACUUGGAUUUGUCGCACAAGAGGUGAAGCAGGUAUUACCCGAUUUGGUCCAUACCGAUGAACAGACGGGGACUUUGAGUGUGGACGUGUUGGGUAUUAUACCCUUCUUGGUGGAGAGUUUGAAACAGCUGAAUAAAGAGAUUGGCGAAAUCGAAACGCCCGAAGACGGCAAUUUUGGGUGUUUACAAGAGCGGGUUUCCGUUGCUCUUGACCUUGCCAAUGAAAUACGAAAGAAGCAGAAACAAGACCAAAUUGAGUUAGAGAAAUGCAUUGAAAAGGCGCAAGAGCCGAUAUACAUGUUCUCGUUUGGGCCGGCGCCUGUUGUGUUGUACAUUGCGGCUAUCAUGACGAUGAUGUGUGUUAUACUUCCAUUCACAUAUGAAGAUCAAUAUGUGAUAUGGGGGUUUUUCAUAUUUACAACAGUUGGAAUUUAUUUCUCGCUUGUGUUGAAGUGGCGAGAGUUGUGGGAGAUGGUGCGGUAUCGGAGAAUAGUGUGGGAGUGGCGAACAUUCCACUUCAUAACAAUAUCGAUCUUUCUAUUCCUCUUUUUGCUCUGUUUGACAUUCUCGGUUGUGAUGGGUGCGGCUUCGUUUCAAAGUGCGGCUGGUCUGACCGUUGCUGCUUUGACAUUAGUUGCGUUGUUGAUCUUUUUGCACAAAAUCAUGAAUUUGUCGUUCUGUUUUGUGUCGACGACGUUAUUGGGAUUCUUGAUCUUAGGGUUUGGGGUGCUUGGAAUAGUGUAUGCUGUGCAGCCAUCUUUCAAAUGUAGCAUCAAUGAUGAAGUGUCUGGGAUCCUCAAAUUCAAUAGUGACAACAUUAUCGAGCUCAAAUUGCCCACAAAACCAUUCAACUGUUUUGAAAUGAAAUUAUCAAGUUCAGACAUCGGAGAUUUACAGCUUGUCAAAGACGAGAUGGUGAACAACAGGUAUAUGAUUGAAGGUGUCCUCAAUAAGCAAAUCGACAGUGUACAACUAUUCUAUACGUGCUCAAAGUUCAUCACGUUCCACUGUGGAUCGUUUGUGAUCGAACCGCAACAAACGCAGUUAUAG